AUGGAGACUCAACCUAUGAUGGAGAUGCCACAGUUCGAUCUUGAGAAAAUGAGUUGUGGAGACGUUCCUGAACUCCCGGCCGAGCUAAAGGAAAGCGAAGGUGAAGAAAAGCAAAGCGAAUGUGAAGACACCGAAGAGGAUGAAGAAAGUGAAGAUGAGCAGCAGACAGGAAAGUUUGGAACAAAUAGCAAAGAUGACAAGAAGGCGAUGGGUGGGAAGGAAGAAUGUGAGAAACAUGAUCAAGACGUUGAGGUGAUUGACAGUGACACGUGCUCUUCAUACAACCAUUUGGAAAACCCUGAGUCAGCACCCAACAGCUGGCGUGACCCAAACAAUAUCAUUCCAGAUUGGAACAGCGAGGAUGACAAAGAACUGGCCAAGAAACAACAAGAGAUGGAGACCUCAGAUGAAAGCGAAGACCAAAGUGAGGAGGACGAGGUUGAGGAGCCGAGAAAAGAAAAGGUUCGGAAGGAUGAGAAGGAUGAAAAGGAUGAUGAGAAGGAAGGGGAAGAAGCAACAAGAAAGACAAUGCAAGAUGCGGCAUGCGAGGAUGAGUCGUCUGAUGAGGAGAGCGAAGAUCAGGAGAAGGAUGAAAACGAGGAUGAGAAGGGUAGGGCAGCAGAAGCUAUGGAAGCCCCCAACGUCGAAAGCAAGGACGAAAGUGAGGAUGAGAGCGAAGAUGAGGAGAAGGAUGCAAAGAAAGAUGAGCAGGAUGAGAAUAAGGGUGCAAAGGCAACAGAGAAGACAAUGCAAGAUGCGGCAUCCGAAGAUGAGUCGUCUCAUGAGAAGAGCGAAGAUGAGGAGAGCGAAGAUGAGGAGAAGGAUGAACAUGAGGAUGAGAAGGCCAUGGCAGCAGAAGCUAUGGAAGCCCCCAACGUCGAAAGCAAGGACGAAAGUGAGGAUGAGAGUGAAGAUGAGGAGGAGGAUGAGAAGGCCAAGACAGAAAAAAAUAUCGAAACCUUCAAAGUUGAAAGGAAGGACGCAAGUGAGGAUGAUGAGAGUGAAGAUGAGGAGAAGGAUACAAAGAAAGAUGAGAAGGAUGAGAAUCAGAGUGCGAAGGCAACAGAAAAGACAAUGCAAGAUGCGGCAUCCGAAGAUGAGUCGUCUGAUGAGGAGAGCGAAGAUGAGGAGAAGGAUGAAAAGGAGGAUGAGAAGGGCAUGGCAGCAGAAGCUAUGGAAGCCCCCAACGUCGAAAGCAAGGACGAAAGUGAGGAUGAGAGUGAAGAUGAGAAGGAGGACGAGAAGGCCAAGACAGAAAAAAGUAUGGAAACCUUCAAAGCUGAAAGGAAGGACGUAAGUGAGGAUGAGGAGAGCGAAGAUGAGGAGAAGGAUGCAAAGAAAGAUGAGCAGGAUGAGAAGGAGGGUGCAAAGGCAACAGAAAAGACAAUGCAAGAUGCGGCAUCCGAAGAUGAGUCGUCUGAUGAGGAGAGCGAAGAUGAGGAGAAGGAUGAAAAGGAGGAUGAGAAGGCUAGGGCAGAAGAAGCUAUGGAAGCCCCCAACGUCGAAAGCAAGGACGAAAGUGAGGAUGAGAGUGAAGAUGAGGAGGAGGAUGAGGCCACGGCAGAAAAAGCCAUGGAAACCCCCAAGGUCGAAAGCAAGGACGAAAGUGAGGAUGAGAGCGAAGAUGAGGAGGAGGAUGAGAAGGCCACGGCAGAAAAAACCAUGGAAGCGUCCAAAGUUGAAAACUCGGAUGAAAGUGAGGAUGAUGAGAGCGAAGAUGAGGAGAGGACAACGAUGAAGACAAUGGAAGAUGCAUCGUCGCAAGUUGGGAAGAAAGAUGCACAUGAUGAGAAGGACGAUGCAAAAGGUGUAGAGGCACCCAACAAUAAGAGAGAACGAACUGGAGAUAGUGACAAGGCCCCCCCGAGCAAGGUCCGAAAGGAGCAAAAGGUGGACAACAAAAGGAAGGGUUUCUGUGACGCGAAUGAGGGGGACCAGGAUAGUCCAAAGAAAGGAAAAAAGGCCAAAGAGAGCGGCACUUUGUCUCCCAGCUCGUCUACCAGCUCAUCUACCAGCUCGAAAGCUACAUCUGAAAGUGAGGAUGAGUCUAGCAGCAGUGGAGAGGACAAAGGAGAAGCCAAGGCAGAGUGUGAGGACGAGUCUAGCAGUGGAGAAGACGAAAAGGAAUUGAAAGCAGAGGCGAUCGUCAAGAAACAUAAAGACAAGUCCACAGGAGAUUUGGGGGUUGCUGAAGUUCCUACGCCCAUGCGGCGACUCCGCACAAAGACAUGUUUGGCGGAUCCAUCUGCACCCCCUGCACCAAGAGCCUAUGAAAAGCCCAGCGGAAAGAAGACAGAGGAGGAGGCUAAGUCGACUGUGGUUGACCAAAUCGUUUUCGAGGACAAGUGGAAGGUUCAGCUCCGACGCCGGCAACAAGGGAAGCAUAAGGGUGACAUCUAUUAUGUCUAUGUGAACCCCCAGGGACGCCUUCGAUACACCUUGAAAGCGGCCAAAGACGAAGGUUUCAAAGAUCCCGAAGCACGCGUUGCUGCUGCGAAAGCUAAGCUCAUGGCUGAACGACGUGCCAAUGAUGGAAAUGCAACAACUGGUGAUGAUAACGGUGAUGGAUCUUCGGGCAAACGUCCCCGCAAACGUGCUGCCAAGGUUGAAGAAGGCAAACGCCUACUGAAGUUGAAACAAGGUAUCCUCCCCAACAAAAACCUUGAAGAGUUCGAAAGGAAGCGAGAAGCUGCUUUGAAGGAGAUGAAAGAAGAACAAAAGAAGCGGAAUCACUGAUCCGAGCAGGUGAAGCACUCAGAAAAGAUGCAGAUCGAAAAGCUUCUGAGAGAGCAGUACGUGAGAAAGCAACAAAGGGUGCUGUUGAGCAGGCGGCAUCCAAGAAGGCUGAGGAAAAGGUAGAGGAAAAGCCUAGUGAGGAAAAGGUUGAGAAGAAGACCAAAAAGAGAAAGCAGGAAAAGACAGAGGAGAAGGAGGAUAAGGUGAAGACACCAGCAGAUGAGAAAGCAACAGAGGCGGCUGUUGAGGAGGCAGCAUCGAAGAAGGCUGAGGAUGAGGUCAAAGGCAAGAAGGAUGGUCAAAGUGGCAAUGAGAAGAAGACGACGAAGCAGAAGAAAGACGAGACUGAGGAGACAAAGGCAGUCAAGGCAACGUCAGAGGCGAGUGGCACAAAUGGUGCAAGAAAGGCAAAGAAAGAGAAGAAGCAAAAGAAGGAGCAGAAAGAGACUCCAGCAGAUGAGAAGACCACAAAGGUUGCUGUAGAGGAGGCGGCAUCCAAGAAGACUGAGGAAAUAGUGGAGGAAAAGCCUAGUGAGGACAAGGUUGAGAAGACGACCAAAAAGAGAAAGCAGGAUAAGACAGAGGAGAAGGAUGAUAAGGUGAAGACACCAGCAGAUGAGAAAGCAACAAAGGCUGCUGAUGAGGAGGCAGCAUCGAAGAAGGCUGAGGAUGAGGUCAAAGGCAAGAAGGAUGGCCAAAGUGGCAAUGAGAAGACGAAGAAGCAGAAGAAAGACAAGACUGAGGAGACAAAGGCAGUCAAGGAAAAGUCAGAGGUGAGUGGCACAAAUCGUGCAUCCGAGAAGGUUGACGAGAGUUCGGCGAAGAGAGAGAAGAAGCAAAAGAAGGAGAAGAAAGAGACUCCAGCAGAUGAGAAGACCACAACGGUUGCUGUGGAGGAGGCGGCAUCCAAGAAGGUUGAGGAAAAGGUAGAGGAAAAGCCUAGUGAGGACAAGGUUGAGAAGAAGACCAAAAAGAGAAAGCAGGAAAAGACAGAGGAGAAGGAGGAUAAGGUGAAGACACCAGCAGAUGAGAAAGCAACAGAGGCGGCUGUUGAGGAGGCAGCAUCGAAGAAGGCUGAGGAUGAGGUCAAAGGCAAGAAGGAUGGUCAAAGUGGCAAUGAGAAGACGAAGAAGCAGAAGAAAGACAAAACUGAGGAGACAGAGGCAGUCAAGGAAAAGUCAGAGGUGAGUGGCACAAAUCGUGCAUCCGAGAAGGUUGACGAGAGUGAGGCGAAGAGAGAGAAGAAGCAAAAGAAGGAGAAGAAAGAGACUCCAGCAGAUGAGAAGACCACAACGGAUGCUGUGGAGGAGGCAGCA